UUCUUGCGUAUGGCAGCAGAGAUCUUGAAUAGACAAGGUUUUGAAAGGUGGUAUAACGACUGUGGAUUAGCCUUCCAGAUCAAAACCUUUUCGCUGGGUAGGAAUUUAUGUAGCUUCUCCAAUGGCAAGCUUCGUAGCAAAAGCCGUGGGACUUGAAGUACUCCAGUUGGGUUUGAUGGCGGUUCCUGUAUUCGUGACGGGACAUCAACUAACCUCGUCAGGAAAUUCAACCCUAUCUGCCAACCAGGCGAGUUCUUUCUUUGGAGAACUGUCGCUCGUGGCCUACUGGAUGAUACUGUUAGGAAGUUUUCUAUUGGUUACCUUGGCAGUGUAUCUACCAGUCAAGCUAUUCCUAUACAGGCAACGGCAAUCUACACAUACGUCAUUGGAAUGGAGACCGUCCAUCCUACUGUACAACCUGCUGUCUGCACUGCCGUGCUACGUCAUGAUUCUUAUUGGAAUACAGAUCCCCCUGUCCAACGUCAAUGCCAAACUAUACGAAGACGCCAUCUACAUCACCACUCCCAUCAUCCUCCUCUGUCUCAUAGCCACGGAGUGGGUCGCCAAGUGGAAAGAGGACGACUUCUCGUCCGACAUGGCUGAGGCUAUGCUCAACGACUUCCACACAGCCUACGACAUCAUGGAACUCAUUUCUCUCGGCCUAGACGACGACAUCGCAAACAAAACAUGGCCGAUAUUCGCCAUCUUUGCCUUCUCUCUUCUCGCCAUGUUCAAGUACGUUCCUCGCUCUCCGAAGUAUAAAAACGACGAGGACGAAUCUGGGAAUGGCAGAGCUCAAAAAUGGCUGCUGACGAAUAUAUUUGUCCAGGACCUUCCUUUCUUUACGUUACGGAUAACUCUGAUAGGCCUGUACGGUCUGAAAGCUGGAGAACUGUUAUACCCGGCGAAAAGCGCUGCUGGCUUGGUCUUCAGAUCAUUGCAGUUGUAUCUGAUGAAGAGGGAAAAUAGAAAAGUGGCACCGUCUGCAAAUGACUGCAACGAUUCAGAAGAACGUGGCACAGACGAGAUGGAGGACACCAUGGAUGUGGAGGACCUUCCCGUAGAAACGUUGGAGGACUAG